AUGAAGGCUGUCGUCGAUUCGUUGGGCGUCGAUCCCGAUAAGUUGACGAUCAUCAUCAACCAGAUCGUGAACUUCAAAGAGGGCGACGAGACGGUCAGGUUCAGCAAGCGUAACGACAAUUUCAUUGGUGCAGAUGAGUUGUUGGAAGCGGUUGGUGCCGACGCGUGCCACUACAUCUUCUUGGAGCGCACUCCGCGGCACGCACAUGGAGUUCGAUCUUGA